AUGACUGAGGAGAGCAAUGGUAGUUUCGCCAAGCGCAACUGGGCAAGUUGGGAAACCUUCAAAAGCCCUUUCGAUUCGGCAGUAAAUGCUGCCAUGCUGGUAGUUGGAGUGGCUUCUCUUUUGGUGACUGGUGGUGGAGCCGUGUACAAGUGGGCGGCGUAUCCGUUGGCAAGGCCAAUAGGGCGCCUGAGCCCGCUUCUCCGUAAGGUCAUCAAUCUGCCCAAUGCACCGGUCUUGCCGGUGGACAGUCGGCCGUAUGCAGCGCUGAAAGAAGACAAGGCCCUGAUCCUGCAAGGUCGCAACGAGGAUGGCAAGACCACGCUGCUGCGGACGUCGUUGCCGUGGUGGCAUCGUUUUGGACCCUUGGCCCACUACGGGCUGUACCUCAACGGCGAGCACAGCCGAGGCGUCAGCAGCUUCGCAGAAUGGCAGACCACGCAGCUGUUUGGUAGGACCACGACUUCCGGCUCGGAAAUGGCCAUGUCCUUCUACCAGUACCGCGAGCGCCAGUGGCUCAGAUCGUUUUUGCAGCUCCUGCAGCUUCCGGUGGCGCCAAAGCCAGCCAUAGUCAUUGUGGACCAGUUCGAGGAGCUUCUCAAACAGUACCCACAGCAGGCGCUGGAUUGGGCCAACGUCCUGACCAACCAGCACGUCCGCUUCGGGCUUGCCCGCGUCAUCUUCGUCGUCAACUCGGACAAGGGCACCCGCACCUUGCUGAACUUGAAUCAAGGAGAUCGGUUUGACGUUCUGGUGAUGCAGCCCCUGCAACAUCGGCUCUACAAGAACGUGGUGACCAAGCUGGACUCGGGGGAGAUUGACAAUGUGGAGGAGUAUGUCAGCAAGAAGCUGAAGAGGUGGGAAGACGACUACCCCUUCAAGUACGACAGGUCGUGGAGUGAGCUGGCUGACAAGUCCCUGCCUCUCAUGAAGCAGAGGCUGGGGCAGGCCUUGGAGCAAGCGCUCCAGGCGCAGAAAGGCCAGGACGGCCAGCCCACCUUCACGCCGGAGGAAGUGGAGGAGCAGAUGGAGUUCGCCACGCGAUGCUGGAAGACGCUCAGCAAGAUGCAGGUGCUCAACGCCAUGGAGGCGGAGUGGGCCAAGCGACUGGAAGGCGCUGGGGCUGAGCCAGCAGUUGCGGAGUCGCUGGCGGAGCACAUUCGCUGCCUCAUAGGCAACCCAGUGCCGAACGAGCAGGGCGAGGGCCAGAGUGAGCCUCGUUCGGAGUAG